CGUAAACCGAACCUACUUAUAAACAUCUGCACCUCAUUAUUCUCAACUCUAUUAUUUUCGUUACCCAUUUCCAGAAUAACUUAAGUUAAUUGAUUUCAAGAAUAAACAGUUCCUGACCGAUUUUCCGAAUUUAUCGUGACCUUAUAACUUAAACAAAUUUCCCGUUUAUUUUACGAAAUAUUUUUAUGGGAAAACUUUUAAAAAUAGACGAAGAGAUAAUGUUGUGCCGGAAAAUCCGAAGCGGAGGCUCCAGUUCAACGUCGCGUUUCAUCACUAGAAGUGGUAUUGGUUUCUGAAGGAAUGAGUUAAACAUAAAAUGCUAAAAAUUCCAAACGUGCUCACAUAUCUGGCAACAAUGGACCUUGCCAAAGAAAGACCGUUCAUUUACAAAGAUGCGAAUUUGAAAUGGGCCGACGUCAGCAUCAGCCUUGAGGAACCAUCUUUCGAAGUUACCACCGACGACGAAACGGGUUCGGAUUGCGAAAGCGAACCCAGAGCCAGAACGAUACCGGUGCAACAGAUUUGGGACAUGGAGGUUUUGUGGAACGAGCUCCAGGCGCUUCCAGGUGGAGAAGAAGUAAGAGAUUUGAUAGCAAAAGAAAUGAUCAACGAUAUUUUGGGGAAAAACAAAGAGACGGCUUUUUUAUUGGCUGCUUGGCUAGGAAAAAAUGAAGUUAUGAAGCUAUUAAUUGAUGAAAAAGUAGAUGUUGAUACUAAAGAUAAAUAUGGCAGAACAGCACUCCAUCUAGCGUCAUAUGCAGGCCAUUGCGACUGCGUAAGCCUGUUACUCCAACAUGGUGCAGACGUAAAUAUCCAAGACAAACAAAUGUCGGUCACUCCAUUGCAUUGUGCAGCGAGCAUGGGUCAUCUUGGCUGUUUGAAGUUGCUUAUCAAAUAUGGCGCUCACGUCAAUGUCGGCAUCGAAAAAAUGAGCCCCUUGCAUUAUGCCGUUCAGAAUUUGGCGGUAGAUUGUGUCAAGGCAUUGUUGGAAAGUAAUGCCAUACCAAAUACGCCACAGGUCUACAGUGAAGCACCACUUCAUGUAGCAGCAGCUUUUGGCAAUGUUGAAGCCAUUGAACUAUUACUACAAUAUGGGGCAGCAGUGAAUGUUCAAAGUGGCGUAGACAAACUGACACCGCUCCAUCUAGCGGCCGAACAAGGAUAUCCUUCGUGCGUUCAGCUACUAAUGGAUGCUGGGGCAAUUGUAAACUCAACAAAUCGAAAAAAACAGACGCCGUUACAUUUGGCUGUACUAUCUCAAUGUACGGAAACGAUGGAAUUGCUGUUGCAAAAAGGCGCAAACCCCAACGCACCUGACUGCGACGGAAGGACACCUCUACACUGUUCUACAGUCAACGUGCAGCGCCAAUGCGAAUGCGUGCGCACUUUGUUGCAUUACGGUGCCAAUCCCAACGUUUCUGACGCCUAUGGAUAUACUCCGAUGCAUUCAGCAGCUUUAAAUGAAUUUUCCAACUGUGUGGUGUUGCUGCUGCAACACGGCGGAGAUGUUACCAUUAGGACCAAGGGAGGCGUAUCGGUUUUGAAUUUUAUUACCAAGAAAACUCCCGAGGUGAUCCCAAAGUACAUGACUAGAUUCGACAACUCGAUCCGCCUAAACGAACACGACAUUGGCGAUGUAGAUUGUCAACUUAAACUAGAUUUCCGUACUCUGGUGCCGACAAUGGGAAACCAAGAAACUGCCUUGCUGAUCAAUUUCAUCGAAGUCGGUCAGAAGCGAGUGCUCCAACAUCCGUUGUGCGAAACAUUUUUGCUCUUAAAAUGGCGCAUAAUCAGAUAUUUUUUCCUUUUCAGCUUCAUUUACCAGAAAACUUUUGUUAUGCUUUUUUCGUUUUACAUUAAAGGAGUGUAUUUGAAAGAUUGUCCUUCGUUUAGAAGAGCUAAUAAUCAAUCGAAUUGCUUUGCUAGUGAUAUUUACAUUACCAUGGGCCAUUGUUUGCUUAUACUCAACAUCCUGUUAAUGUUUAAAGAAUUAUUUCAAAUACUUCAUAGCUGGAAAACUUAUGUUCUCGAAUGGGAAAACUAUUUACAGUGGGCAAUAGUUAUAAGUGUAUUUUCAUGUGUACAACCAAUGUAUCAGACUAGUAUCAGAGAAUUUGUGUAUACUUGGCAACAUCAUGUAGCUGCAGUUGGUGUUUUCUUAGCUUGGGUUGAACUUAUGAUGAUUGUUGCCAGAUUUCCAGCUUUUGGACUUUACGUUCAAAUGUUUACGACUGUUUCGAUUAAUUUUGCAAAAUUUAUGUGCGCUUAUUUUUACUUAAUUAUUGCUUUUACUUUAUGUUUUGGAGUUAUUUUUGCAAAUUAUCCUGCCUUUAAAGAACUUCAGUGGGUUUUUCUCAAAGUUAUAAUUAUGAUGUCGGGAGAGCUUGAGUAUGAAGACGUAUUUUUUUCUGAUAUUCAUGAAAUCAAAUAUCCUUACACAGCCCAUUUGGCUUAUUUAGUUUUUGUUAUAUUGGUGACAAUUGUUUUAUCUAAUCUUAUGGUAGGUUUGGCUGUAAACGAUAUACAAGCCCUUCAAAAAAGUGCAAACCUGGAUAGGCUAGUCAGACAAGUAAGACUUAUGGCCCAUUUGGAAAGUAUGCUAUUUUCAAAAUUACUCAAAUGGGUACCACCUAAUAUAAUGGCAUUUUUACAUAGUCAGGCUUUAUUGUUGAAAUCGCAAAGAGAUUUUACUUUAGACGUAAGGCCCAAUGACCCAAGAGAAAGUAAAAUUCCGAAAUAUUUAAUUGAAAAUGCUUUUAAAUUGGCAAUAGCCAAAAAAGACAAGAAGUCUUUUAAAAAAAAAUGUUACACACCAAAAAGCAGUUAUAGUAAGGGCAGUUACUUGAAAAAAGAAGACAAGUCCAUGAGGCAAUUGGAAGAAGAACUAAUUUUGGAAUUGAAUAAAAUUAUAAGACAUAAAUUUGAGAAGUUAAAGGUAGAGAUUAAUAAUGUGCAAUGAUUAAUGAUGUGUGUCUUUAGAAAUAUGUAUCUGUGAUAUUGUAAUUUAGGUUUAGUUUUUAUGUAUAAAUGUUUAAUAAAUAAAAGAUUCUUACCAAUAAAUCGCAAGUAAAUUUUUCUCCAUUUUCCAAUUCAAUAUUCGAAACAUCACUAUGAUAAUCCGGCAGGACAUAAUUCUUCACUUUGGCACCAUAAAGUAUCUUCAAGUUGUUGCAUUUUUGUGCUUCAUUUUUAGCCGCUUCUAAAACCAAAUCAUUCUCCACCAUAUAGGAAAUUGUAUCAGUAUGUUCAGAUUUGCCAAAAGUUAUUGAA